UUUGUAAGCUUGUGUUAAUGUAUAGUAGAAUAUUCGGGGCUCAUUGGUUUCAACGCAGAUAAAGCUAAAAAGUGCUCCGUAGGUAUAUGUCUGCUUCGGCUUCUCUUUACGAUCAAUCAGCUUAUCUAGUGAUGAAAUCGCUUCUUGUACCUGGGGUAAUCUUCACUUUUGUUGCGACUUCUAUUGUCAAAUGUUCCGGCGAAGGAAGCACUUCUCAUCCUAAUCCUGCCAUAGGUGAAUCAUCAUCCUCACAUGGUUGGAUUGACAAUGUCUUGGUGGACUCUUCUCCUUCUGUUUCGCAGAACUCUCCCCUUACUUUUGCCAAUGAAAGGCACGAGGGGCGACUGGCACCUACUCGUGUUACAUCGCCAUCGUCAUCCGGCUGGGUGGAGAGUGUACUCAGAGAUUCUCCUGCCUCACACGACUUUCUACAUAAUUCUAUACACUCGCCAUCGGUAGCGACGGCUGUUCCAUCAGCGCAUCAAGGCGAGAAAGGCGCACCAAGAGGUAGUUCGGCGACCCUUCCUUACCCUCACGGUACAGUCAUAAAGAAGUACAAUCCAAGAGAAGGCGAUUUCAGAACAAAGGAAGCCAGUUGGAGAAUACAUGAUCAUGAGAGGAGUGUCAAACAUUCAAAUAGAAGCGUCAUGGGAAAAGGAAUCAAUGAAGACAGCCCAAAAAUGCAUAAAUAUCUCGAUGAAAAACGAAUUCGCUUUCAUUUGGACAAUUUAAAGGAAGAUCAUCCAGUCAGGUAUGUCCGCGAACUUCACAAUGCAAGCAUAUGGAAGUAUAACAAAAACGCUGCAAUCCAUAAACGAAAAGCGAUUAGAAUGUUUCAUCAAAUGCAACCUAAACCAACAUUCAAACAAAUGGAAGACGCACAUUUGGAACAUAGAUUGCAUUUAUGCAAUUUACGAAGAGAGAAGUAUAAACGCAGACAAGCACGAAAGAAGAAUGCAAGAGAUGAGCAUCCGCACCGUGAUCACGAAUAAGAAAGGGAUAGAGCAUUUCUGACCCAACAGUCGAUGGUGGCAGUAAUUUCUGACAAAGCAGUCCGAGGUAUAUGUGACUACACAGCAAUUUCCAUGCACUUUCGGAUAAAGGCUCUGAAAC